AUGUCAUGGUUGAAUAUAUGGCUGACUGUGCCGAUCAAUCGAAGUAAUAGACCCAUAUUACAAGAAGAGGAAUAUACUUUAUAUAUUAAGGAUAAUAUUGGAUUAUAUCAAGGGAAACUGAAGAUCUUGGAACAUCAAAAUGGUAGAUUAUAUUUAACCAAUAAGAGAAUCAUCUACUUUGAUAAUGAUGACCAGAAGAGAAGCAUUGGAGUUGAUUUGGAGAACUUUUCAUCUGCUGAAUUUGUUGAUCGAUUUUUACGAUCCUCACCUAAAGUAAAAUUGUUUAUAAAGAAUACUGAUUCUAGUAAGAAGUCACAUAUACUGCUGCUGCUGCCACUAACAGGAAUCAAUGGAUUUCCACCAAUAUCAUCGCCAUCAUCAACUCAAUCAACCGCAUCUAAAAGAACUGUCAAUUGGGUUUGUAAGAUAUGUUCAUUCAACAAUAGUAUCUUAUCGAACUUCAAUUUUGAAGAAAAUGAAUUACCCAAAUGUACAUCUUGUGGUAUACGACCUAAUAAGAUUUAUUUACAAGACACGAUCAAGAACUCCAAAGAACUGGCAUCACCCACACCAUCAAUAUCUCCAGUACCUUCCACCUUAGAUCUGACUAUCCCAACAACUUCCACCAGAAGAGAUGACCAAUGUCCUCAAUGUACAUUCAUAAACCACCCAUCUAUGAGAUAUUGUGAAAUUUGCGGAACUGAAUUAAAAUCCACCAUCCCGAAAGCAUUACAAAUGAAGAUAUCUGAAAGUAUGCGAAAUAAUUCUGCCAGUCCAAAACCUACCAAUUCAAAUCCACUUGGAUUGAAGCUCGAGAAUGAAGAAGCAUAUACUAAUAACCAACCAUAUAUCAAAAUAAGUUUCCGAAAAGGAGGUGAGAAUCAAUUCUUUCAACAAGUGGGUAUGACGAUUGAUGAAAUAAAAUGGGAAAAAUUAAAGAAUAAAGGAGGAAUUAAUAAAAAUGCCGUCAAGCUCUCUCUAGCCGGGAAAGUAAUGCCAGUUGAACCGACUAAACCAGGAUUUGGAAUUCAUGCGCUUGAACAACUUGGACAACAACAAAGGAAACAAAAUGAACUUAUUUUGAGUUCUUCAUUAGAUGAUUUGGAACAAUUAAUGUUAAAAUAUCAAGAUUUAAUCAAAUUAUCAUCUUCAUUUAACAAAUUCAUCAAUAAUAAGAAAUCAACCACCACAGCAGUAACAACAACAACAAAUAAACAACUAAUACCCAGUUUAAACAUUAAAAAGACAUCGACUUUAUAUCAUCAAGAAUUAAGCCGUCAUAUAAGUGAAUAUACCAUUAAUUAUGUCUUAUUAAAAGCAUCAUCGAUGAUAACUAGUCAAGAUUUAUUUGCCAAUUAUAAUAGAUUCCUAGUCCAAUCACAAGGAUUUGGAUGUGAAUUAGUGACUGCUAAUGAUUUUAAUAAAUCAAUUUCAAUGUUUGAAGAAUUAAAACUUCCAAUAGUCUUACGAAACUAUGAAAAAUCCGGAUUAUUAGUAAUUGCACCCAAAAGUACCAAAAACACCUAUGCGGAAUACAUUGUAAACUAUCUCCGAGAAGAAGAAUAUCAAUUCAAGAUGAGUAAAAUGAGACAUGUAUUGAUUAUUAAUGAAGAAUCCCAACAAGAUGGAUAUUACCGUCAAGCAUAUACGUAUUUCAAAGGAAAUACUGUCUCAGAAAUCUCCAAUAAAUUAAAUUGGUCAAAUAAUAUCACCAUUGAAGAAUUAGAUAAAUGCGUGAACGAAGGUUUGGUUGUUAUUGAUCAGAACAUUUCCGGGACAUUUUAUUAUAUAAAUAAGUUCACAUUCACUCUGAAACAAUGGGAUCAGGAUGAGAAACUGGAAAUUGAUGAAAUUAGAAAGAUAUUAAUAAAUGAACAAAAAACAAUCACGGAGAAUUUGAAGGAUGAAUAUGAGAGAGAACAUCUUAAUAAUUUGAUUAAUUUAGAUCCGAAUUAUGCAUUUGGAGAUCUCGUUGAGCCUGAGAGUAGUGAUGUUUCGAGAACUGAUACUCCAGUACAAGAGAGUCAUUCCAUAUCGUUGAAUGAUUUGGCAGGGUUGAAGUUUUAG